UUUGCUGAAUACACAUUAUUUGUCCCAUUUUUUCACAGCCAGUUUUUUUUCACAAAAUCUUAAUUCGUCCAUAUCGAUUUGCUCAAAGUUUUAUUAAAAAUAAACGUCCAUUUUAUCGCUAAGAUCAAUAAGUCGUGAUAUUCUGCAAUCAUGGCUUUCAAACCGAUUGACAACAAGCGCGAUCAAUUCCGCAAAUAUCUGGAAGCUUCAGGCGUGAUUGAAGUAUUGUCAAAAUCAAUCACCAAACUAAUGGAGAGUCCAGAAAAGCCAGAAUCGCCUGUCGACUUUAUCCGCGAAAAUAUGGGGCUCACACAAAAGGAGCUGAAUCAGAUCGAAUUCCUGAAAGAAGAAGUCGAAAUCUACAAAAAGCAGGUGAACGACCUCAAACUGGAAAUUGCCGGACUGAAGCAGGAACGGCAAGAGGUCGAAAAUGGACUUUCAAAAGUGAUUGCUGAUUCAAUCGUUAAGGAUGACAUUGUCGUUGCUGUGUCGGACAAUCAAAGCAACCAGCAACUCGAGAUUGAGACAAAGAAGACCGAAGAUGUGGAACCAACUGCACCGGUGGUGGUAGCGCCGGCCGCAGUGGUGACCGAUGAUGUUCAAAAAAUUCAGAAGGUUGACAAUGUCGAAGAGGUAAGCGCUGAUGUUUCGGUCGUUGCUGUAGCAACUGAUGCCAAAAUCGAAACGAAACCGGAAGAAAUUAAGGCUGAAGAAAAGCCAGCAGCAGCAGCCACCGUUGUUGUUGCAGCAGCUGGUGAUGCUGCACCAGAGACCACUGACAAGUAAAAAGUGUGAAUGCCAAACACAUUUUUUGUUUCAAUUUUUUUAAUUUAACUAUUUGCUUGUAUGAAUCUUUACAAGCUUGAUAUAAUAUAUGGCAAAGUUAACUUAAAACUGAUCUCUUAUACAUCGUUUAGUAUAUAUAUUUAAGUCGGGAUUUCUUUUUUUGGUUGAACUUUUUUUUAUAAAAAAAAAAUUAUUUGAAUUUUUGUUAUCUUUUUUUCACUACCUUUUUAUGAACUUGAAAUGAAUCCAUUCCAUAUCUAACGUGUUAUUGAAGUAUAAAAAAAUAUUAAAACAUUUAAAUGAAGAAGAAUAAAAAAAAAAAUAAAGUAAAAAACAAUCAUUAGAUUGAUGUAUAAAAAUAGUAAUAAAAAAGAAUGAUGAACACAACAAAACACACACACACAUAGACACUGAACAAUUACAUUUAGUCAUUAAUAAAAAUGAUGUUAGUUUUAUGAUAUAAAUGAACUAGUCAGUUUCUUUUUGAAUCACAUUUUUGUGCCUUCAAUAAACAGAUUUAAAAAAGGCGUCCAA